GCACGCGGAUUGCUGCGGAAGUUCCUGGUGACUGCACGGAUGGAGAGGGUUGCCAUGAACGCCGUAUCCUGGAGCUUGAGCACUGUUGCGAUCGUCUACCCAGCCCUUGAUUCAUAGCUGGAGGAUUCUGUAAUCGGGACGGAGAGACGAGCGUGUGCAGGAACUCCGUAUUGCUGCAUAGCGUGUGGAAGAACUCCGUGAGCUUGAUGCAGCAUGAUUCUUUCUUCUUGACAAGGUGAGGAAGAGAGAAAUGGUACUGGAUAGGUGAGUGGUGAUGUUGCCUAUCUGUCGCAGAGAAGAAAGAAGCGCGCGCGCGCGCGAUCCCCGCGUCACGGUUGGUGUGACGUCGGUGUUACGAGGACGUGGCGGCCAGGUACCGUGGCAAAUCGGCGGGGAAGUGGUUUCUCUCUUUCGCCCGCGCGCAAACAUAGCACCACGGAUUGUUGCUGUUUGCUUGGAGCGCGCGCCCGCGUCGGGACAUGCGCGGUGAGAGAAGCGCCUAAAUCUCGCGCUCAGCUCCCUCCCGAUCGAGGCCACAAUCCCGCCACGUUGGCGGAGUGUUUGUGGCAAUCAGUGAGUCCACGUGGUGCCUAAGAUUGUCUCCCCCCGCUUAUUCGCCUGCGAAAAUCGUCCCCCGCGUACUGAGGACUUGCCAACCUUAUUAGUCGGCGUGCCCUUUCCCUUUGGCCCCUCGAUGAGUACCACGUGGCGGUGCUCUCGGGAAGGAUACGUCAUCUGAUGGCUACCAAUGGCGGCGGCUAGCGUACGGGCGAGACGCGGCAUAUUUCGCGGCGUGCUCAUCACGCUAUUGAUAGCGUUAAGCCCCUCCUGGGCCGCGACGCAAAGCCCCGAGCCAUUGGGAUCGCCGCCGGUAAUUGCGGAAAGGGACGGAAGGAGAGCAUGGGGGUCUGAACGGCCACAAGGAGGAGGAAGGUCGUUGGGUGACACAGAUGGGCGGCGGCACGGCUCCUCCUUGGGGGAAAACUUCUCGAUCCUGGGAGGGCGUGGCGUGGAGAGUCGCCGGAGGUACAGCUGGUCCCUGGCAGAAGGGGAGGAGAAUAGGAAGGGAGAUGGGGAUAGUAAGAGGACAUCAGGCAACGGCGGCGGCGGCGGUGGCGCUAAUGGAAUAGGGGAGACGGCAACAGGGGGGCGGCAGCAGCGACGUUUCGACCCCGAGAGGCGGUAUUCGAUUUGGGGACAGGAGCUCGGCGGCGGCGGCGGCGGCGGCGGAGGAAGUGCCGGCGCGGGGAGCACUCUUAAGAGCGUCGACGCGGGAAAGAGGGAGAUAGGGAGAAACGAGAGAGGGGGACCGGAGGGGGGAGAACAGAGAAGCCAGGCGGCGCCUGCGCCGAUGGCGGCAAACGGAACGGGAGAAGGAGAUGGGCUCGCCCGCCAGCAUGCGGUCGGCGCCACUGAUGAUUCCCCCAGCAGCGCCGCGAGCAGAGACACCAGCACCCAUGCGAACUACACUACCGCCUCCACUUUACAUGAUGGGCAUGGGGCUAGCGAUGAUCCGUACACCGCGGCGUUGGGGAAUGGAUCGACGUCCGUUCCCGCCAUCAUUUCUGAUGAGGAGGAUAAUGGUCCGUGUCGGGACAUUCCGAAGCACAGCGGAUACGUCGACGCGUGCUCUUUCGUGAAAGCGCGGGAAAGUUGCUCGACGGGAACUUUCGUAGAAUACCUGCAGUUUCAUUUCUGCACGUGCGCAAGAUUCCCUCUUGUGUCGUAUGCAGUUAUGAUUCUUUGGAUGAUGGCGCUGUUUGUCAUGCUGGGAAAUACGGCCGCGGACUAUUUCUGCCCAUCGCUGGAACGAAUCUCGGAGAUUCUGCACCUGCCGCCCACCGUCGCGGGAGUCACCCUUCUUCCUUUAGGAAAUGGCGCGCCGGACGUCUUCGCGAGUAUUGCCUCUUUUAUAGGGGCUGGCGCAGGACAGGUGGGGCUUAACAGUGUGCUUGGUGGAGGCAUGUUUGUGACUGCUGUUGUGGUCGGCCUCAUCACAUUCGCUGUUCAAUCUCUGAACGUGAAGCUUGACCGGGGGUCCUUCAUUCGGGAUGUCGGCUUCUACAUGCUGGCCAUAUUUGGUCUGUUCAUAAUCAUUUUUGUGGGCCGAGUGACAGUAUGGGGCACACUUGCCUUCUUAUCGCUUUACAUAGCGUACGCGGUGACUGUUGCUAGCUCAGAGGCUUUUGCCAAGUGGGCGAGGAACAAGACCCCGGGAUCGACGGAGUGGUGGCUGCUUCAGCCUUUCACAUCGGGUAAUCUGGCAGCAACAGACCCGUUCAAAGGUGGGUGGAUAGACUUUGAUGAGGGUGACGAGUAUCACACAUUGCUGGGGGGAGGUACCGGGCAGUUUUUGUUGGAGGAAGAUGCCUCUGUGGAAGAAGUUCGGGGCCUUACGAUGUUCCCCACACCAGCCCCAGAUGAUGUCAGUUCGAGGUGUGCGGGAAAUGCGUUGCCACAGUGGAUGUGGACUGCCCAUGUGGCCAUUUAUGCGCAAAAGCAGAGACAUGCCGAUGGCUGGGAUUAUGGAUGGUCUAACCCAAGGCCUUUGUGGGGCUGGAUGGAGGAGGAUUCAACGAGGGCGACCGAGUCUAGCUUAGCAUCAGCGUGGCGAAGACUUAACUUCGGUUUCAGGAAAGGGUUGAAGAAGGCUCUCGCUGUGCCGCUGAUCAUGCCCCGACGCUUGACGAUUCCAUGCCUGGAAGAGGAGCGGUGGUCUCGCCAUGUGUUUAUCACAAGUGCAACACUCGCUCCAUUGAUGUUCACCCUUGCUGUGGUCACCCGCACCUUUACGUGGGAGGACGGGCGGACGUGGGCAACCGCUAUCCUCUCAGGUGUCGUUAUGGGGUUGCUGGCUAUGGUUGCUACGCGAAGUGACACAAGUUCUGCAAGGUUUACCGAUAUGGGAGGUGGACCGCCAGAUCGGUGGGCAUUCCCUUGGGUAUGUGUUGGGUUUGUUAUGAGUAUCGUCUGGUUCUAUGUUCUCGCAAAUGAGCUUGUCGCAGUCCUUGUCGCCAUCGGCAAUAUCUUGGGAAUCGACGCGACAAUACUUGGUGUGACGGUGCUUGCCUGGGGUAACUCAAUUGGAGAUGUGGUUUCCAAUCUCACACUCGCGAAGAGCGGGGGCCCUGGGGCGCAGAUGGCUGUGUCUGCGAGCUAUGCAGGGCCGAUGUUUAACUGUCUGAUCGGAAUCGGAGCAAGCUUGGCUUUGUCGAGUUGGAGGACUCGCCCUCAUGCAUUUGUGAUCCCUUUAGGCGCUGACGAUGGAAAGACUACAAUAUUUGUGACCAUGGCAUUCCUUAUGGGAGGCAUGUCUUUUGCAGCGUUCACUCUACUCUCAAAUCAGAUGCGUCUGACAAAAGGAUUGGGCAUUGGACUUCUGCUGAUAUAUAGCUGUUUCAUCACCUUGCGUCUCCUUGGAGUUGCGGGGUUGUUACCCAUUCUUGGCAGUGGGCAUGUAAGUUAAGAGGCAACAUCGGAUCGGAUCUCGAUGAUGCACCCAUAUUGAUUACUUGGAUUCCUUCUUUCCUUUCUUCCUUACUGGAUUUGUAAUGCGAGCAAAAUCUGCAUGCAUGUUCCUGAUUGUAUAUCGUCCGACCAGCAGUCGGCUUCACCAAUGCACCCACAAUGCAUUCGCUCGUGGAGGGGAUAAGCUACAAAUGCCAAUUAGUUCUUGGAGGGGAUAAGCUACAAAUAUUCGGGUACGGUUUCCCUACUACUACAUGUGUGAGUUAUGCAGUUCUUUGUGCAGAGGCCAUGUGAGCGUUUCCCGAGAAAUAUUGUGUGUAGAGGCUAUGUGAGCGUUUCCCGAGAAAUAUUGUGGUGGUGGGGAUGGGGGCUUAGGGUGAACUCACCAUGGGGAUGGGGGCUUAGGAUGAACUCACCAGUCUGUUGUGAGUGGCGAACAUCUACAAAGAGUUACUUGUAGAGCAUGCAUUGUAAAAGGUUAGGGUUGGGUGAUCGAUCCACGGCAGCAUACUGAAUUUCGAGGGAGCUGUUGAGGAGGGGAGGGAACAUGAUGUGAUGACAGAGUGGGGGGUCUUGGACUGUGAAGGAGAAUGGCUGUUUGCCUAUCUUAGACGACCACCGCCAUCUUCCAAGCCCGACCACGAAGCCCUCAGGUACGGUGGUAGCAUUUGGAUCACAGUGUCCGAACCUACGGCAGGCCCAGUCGAUGUUUCCCAAGAAGAAACAGACCGAACCUGUGAUACAGGCUCAGCGGUGGGAUUUGGUGCUGUGGGCCGAGCUUGUCGGGGUGUCCAUCACAUGGCCGGCUGAUUUUGUUCGCUCCACAGCCCUCCGGUUCUCAGGCGAGUGCUUUUGGGGCGCAUGGAGGCAGCGGUGGUUUAAGAGCAGAGCAGAACGUUUUGUGGUCCUGACUACUUGCCGGCGGUCCUAUUGUUUGCAAUGUAGGUGUGGAUUCGAAAAGAGCUGAAGCGAGAGUGUCCUCACGUAAGUCGAGGAAAGGGAUCACUGCAUUGAAUGCAUUCUUAUGAGCUCUGUGGGGGUUACUUGUCGUAGCGUGUCUCGUUUGUCCUUUGUGUCCCUAUGAGAGUUGGUUACGAAUGUACGCUGUUGAUGGGAUAGUUGCUACUUGAUCGGACAUGUGCGGUGUUCAUUGGAGGGAAACAUGAUGGAUGGACGGAUGGUCGAAGGUAUGCCAAGGGCUCAUAAGUCAUAUGUCUGAUGGUGAAGAGAGCAAGGAGUCGGAAUGAGCUAAUCUGAUGUUGUGCUUUCAGAGGGGAGAGGAGAUCGGGAAACCACUGCCCCCCUUCCCCCCCUCCCCCCCUCCCCCCCGGCCGUUCUUCCUCAUCUUGCUGAAGAAUGGUGUCAGGCACAACAGCAAUAGCCUUAAACGAUGAGUUCACCCGAAGUAGAGCAUAGCUCUUACUGGUUUAUGCGGUAAAAGCUUUUCGAUUUGGUCCUGGGCCGGUAGCAAAGCGGAAGGCCACCUUGACAAGGUGCACUUGCAGGCUCACGAGACUUGGAUGGUAGCUUCGUCAACUUAGGUUCGUGUGAACUGGUGGUUGGGAGGAUCGGUGGGAGGUUAUUCUCGCAGAGGGAGGGAUGAAUGAAUAGCCUUGUUGUUCGCUGCUUGGUGUUGUUAGCGUAGGGAGCACUUCCUGCAUUUUACAUGUAGGUAGAGGAUACCAUAAGAUUUGUUGUGAAUGCAACAACAAUUCUUUUUUCUAGUUUGUCCCGCAGCAAUGGUUGUUGUUAAUUUUAGGAAGUUCUAACUCGUGUUUUUCGCUGUCUUUCCUUGUUUUUUUUUUUCUGGAAGUUUUUUGGAGUUGUGUUUUCUAGUUUUCCGGCAGCAAUGAAUGGUUGUUGCUUUU